ACGGAAGCAAGCAGCACUCUUCGCCCUGCUGGGACGAUCCAGUCCAACUUUACUAGGUUGAAAGUGGUAUGAGCUUUAGCUCAAGUUAACAGCUAGAUUUUGGCCAUAAGGUGAUUUUUUUCUGCUACAAGUCAAAGGGUGCUGCUGCAGAUCACAUUAAUUACUGAGCUCACAGACGUAGGUAUUUAAGAUCCUCAUCUUCUUCAGAUGGGAGGGCCCUAACAAGACAGCAACAGUUUUCAUGAAUGUUAUGAGAGUUAACUUUAGUCAAUGCCGGUGGUUCUCAUCCUCUCCUUCAACACUCUCAGCAUCACUUCCAUGGAUCUCUCCUCUUCAGUUUACAAAAGUCAACACUCACAAACCAGACCCCCCACCCGAAACCACUACCACCCAGACAGAAACCAGGAGGAAAACCAAGUAUAUUUCUCACGAAUCUACCAUCAACCUAAUCAAACGUGAGAGAGAUCCACAACAUGCCCUGGAAAUAUUUAACAUGGUAUCGGAACAAAAGGGUUUUAACCACAAUAAUGCCACUUAUGCAACUAUCCUCCAGAAGCUUGCUCAGUCCAAGAAGUUCAAGGCUAUUGACGCAAUUCUUCAUCAAAUGACCUAUGAGACCUGCAAAUUCCAUGAGGGUAUAUUCCUUAACCUCAUGAAGCAUUUUUCAAAAUCCUCUAUGCAUGAAAGAGUGCUUGAAAUGUUCUAUGCUAUCCAGCCAGUAGUUCGUGAAAAGCCAUCUCUCAAAUGCAUCAGUACUUGUCUCAAUUUACUGAUUGAAUCGAAUCAGGUUGAUUUGGCCCAACAAUUUCUCAUGCAUCUGAAAAAGAAUCUUAACUUCAAGCCAAAUACAUGCAUUGUCAACAUCUUGGUUAAGCACCAUUGCAAGAAUGGGGACCUUGAAUCUGCCUUUGAGGUUGUGAAGGAAAUGAAAAAGUCUAAAAUUUCUUACCCUAAUUUGGUUACGUACUCAACUCUGUUGGGUGGUCUCUGUAAAAGUGACAGACUCACAGAAGCAAUGGAGCUCUUUGAAGAAAUGAUUUCAAAGGAUCAAAUAUUGCCUGAUGCCCUAACUUACAACGUUUUGAUUAAUGGGUUUUGCCAUGGUGGGAAAGUUGAUAGGGCUAGGAAGAUAUUGGAGUUUAUGAAGAGCAAUGGAUGCCAGCCAAAUGUAUUCAAUUACACGGCUCUGAUGAAUGGUUUCUGUAAGGAGAAAAGAUUGCAGGAGGCCAAGGAGAUUUUUCAUGAAAUGACGAGCUUUGGUAUAAAGCCUGAUACAGUUGGCUACACUGCUUUAAUCAAUUGCUGCUGUAGGACAGGAAAAAUGAAUGAAGCUAUAGAGUUGCUCAAAGAGAUGAAAGAAAGAGAAUGCAAAGCUGAUACUGUGACUUUCAAUGUGAUACUUGGAGGGUUGUGUAGAGAAGGUAGAAUUGAGGAUGCUCUUGAGAUGCUGGAGAAACUUCCUUAUGAGGGUGUCUAUCUGAACAAGGCAAGCUACAGAAUUGUGUUGAAUUUCUUGUGUCAAAAAGGUGAAUUGAACAAAGCAACACAGUUGUUGGGGUUGAUGAUGGGUAGGGGGUUUGUACCGCAUUAUGCAACUUCAAAUGACUUGCUGGUUCGACUUUCUGAGGCUGGAAUGGCAGAAAACGCUGUUAUGGCUUUGUCUAGAUUAGCGGAGAUGGGGUUCAAACCACAGCCUGAUUCAUGGGCUCUUUUGGUAGAAUCUAUCUGCAGAGAAAGAAAGCUGCUGUCUGCAUUUGAACUGCUUGAUGAGUUAGUUGUUAUAGAGCAGGAUUAAGCCCAUAGAUGGAUUUCAGAUGCAACAGAAAGUUUAGAUCCUGGCUUAAAAACCCAACGGAUGAAGAUGCUUAUAAUAGAAAACAGUUAUGGAAUUCUGACCUAUUUUGUAA